AUCAUUAUUCUCCAUCUCUCUCUCUCUCUAAAAAGUUGAAUUUCCCCAUCGCUGCGAUUUCCUCAAAGGCCAAUCUUCAAUUGCCCUAAUCCGCCCUUUCCCCCAAUUGAGGAUUCUCUGAUCCUCGCGAACAGCAACGGCUUUUGAUUCCUGCCGGAUCCUUCUUUCCAGGGGAAAAAAAGUUUCGAUUUCUUGAAUUCUCUCUCCCGUUUUCUCUUCGGAAACUUAGGAUCUCGGCGACAUGAGCUUUCAAGAUAUCGAGGCUGGCCGGCCGUUUGCUUCUUCCAGGAGAGACCUCAUCAAUGGCAAACAGGAUCCCACGCAAGCCGUUGCCUCGGGUAUUUUUCAGAUUAAUACUGCCGUCGCUACGUUUCAGAGGCUUGUCAACACCUUAGGAACCCCCAAGGACACCCCUGAGCUACGCGAGAAGCUGCACAAGACCAGGUUACAUAUUGGACAGUUGGUAAAAGACACCUCUGCUAAACUUAAACAAGCCAGUGAAAUAGAUCAUGCUAGUAAGAAAAUUGCAGAUGCUAAACUUGCAAAAGAUUUUCAAGCAGUGCUGAAAGAAUUUCAGAAGGCUCAACGACUUGCAGCUGAGAGGGAAACGGCGUAUACACCUUUUGUUCCCCAAGCCGUUCUUCCUUCUAGCUACACAGCCAGUGAGUCAGAAGUAAGCUCAGAAAAGAGUCUUGAACAGCGUGCCCUCCUUGUGGAAUCCAGGAGACAAGAGGUCUUGCUUUUGGACAAUGAAAUAGCCUUCAAUGAGGCAAUAAUUGAGGAAAGAGAGCAAGGUAUUCAUGAAAUCCAGCAGCAAAUUGGAGAAGUCAAUGAAAUUUUUAAAGAUCUUGCAGUUCUGGUCCAUGAACAGGGAGCCAUGAUUGAUGAUAUUGGAUCCAACAUAGAGGGUGCCCAUGCUGCAACGUCACAGGGAACAACUCAGCUUGUAAAAGCUUCCAAGACACAAAAAUCAAAUUCGUCUCUGGCUUGCUUACUUUUGGUGAUAUUUGGCAUCAUCCUCCUUAUUGUGAUCAUAAUAGUAGUUGCUUAAUAUGCUUUGAUACAACAAACUCAGCUGCUACUGUGGUAACAAGAUCACUGUUUAGUUUCUUUUGAUAAGUAUACAUUGUGGUGGAUCCUGCCUUCUGGGAAAGGGUUGUGAAAGGGGCACACUGUGUAUACUAUGUCGGUCCGCCUACCGUAUAUGGUUGCUUCUGUCAGGUUGGCCGUCCACUUCUAUUUCGAAAAAUGUUAUAACCUGUUUGUGUGAAGGUGUGCAGCCUGUUUGUUUCUUUUUUUUUGAUUCAAUUAUAUUGAUAAAUUAUUUUGAUUCUCCUGACUUCUCUCCUCUGUCUUGUUGCACACAAUACUGAAUAAACGGUUUUAUUGUAACUUAGUGACUGAGUUAUGGAAAAAUUGCCUCCUGUUGUUGUGUUGUUUAGGCAACAAAAA